CCAAUCAGCUGAUUUCCAUUUUGCGGCAAUUUUGUAACGCAUUUUAUCUAAAGCUCAGAAUUCGUCUCCUAAUUUUUUGAAGUAUCCACCAUGUCCGGAAAGGCUUUAAAUAUCGGUGAUCAGUUCCCAAACUUUACGGCUGACACCAGCGUGGGACAGAUCGAUUUCUACGACUGGAUGCAGGACAGCUGGGCCAUUCUGUUCUCACAUCCGGCGGAUUUCACACCAGUUUGCACCACGGAAUUGUCGCGGGUGGCGGCUUUGGUGCCGGAAUUCCAAAAGCGUGGAGUCAAGCCGAUUGCAUUGUCCUGCGACACCGUGGCAUCGCACAAGGGCUGGAUCGAGGACAUCAAGAGCUUUGGCAAGCUGAGCUCCUUUGACUAUCCCAUCAUUGCGGAUGACAAGAGGGAACUGGCGCUCAAGUUUAAUAUGCUGGACAAGGACGAGAUCAAUGCUGAGGGCAUUCCCCUCACUUGUCGCGCCGUUUUUGUUGUGGACGAGAAGAAGAAGCUUCGCCUAUCCAUCCUUUAUCCUGCCACUACUGGGCGCAAUUUCGAUGAAAUCCUUCGGGUGAUCGACUCGCUUCAGUUGACCCAAACCAAGAGCGUGGCCACGCCGGCUGAUUGGAAACAGGGCGGCAAGUGCAUGGUCUUGCCAACUGUCAAAGCCGAGGACAUUCCAAAGCUCUUUCCCGAUGGCAUCGAAACCAUUGAGGUUCCUUCCGGGAAGAGUUAUCUGCGGAUCACUCCACAGCCUUAAAUCAUGACAAGCGUCUGCUCUCACUUUUUUGCUUUAUUACAAAAAUUAUAAUUAACAACAAAUAAUGCACAAUAAAGUAUACGCUUACAACCGUA